CUUCAAGAACUCGAUCCACCUCGACCACUUCACUCGACCCCCGGCAAGAAGAUGGCCUCUGUGCAAGCGCAGCGCAAGGUCGAAAUCCAAGAGGGCGGCCUCCAUGGCGCCGAGAAGGAGGCGGUGCGCGCGACGGGGAGAGGCAAGAGCAAGGCGUCGGCGCGGAAGGUGACCUACGGCUUCCACCUGGUGGAGGGCAAGAUGGCGCACGGCAUGGAAGACCGCCACGUGGCCGAGUUCCGGCGCCUGGACGACGGCAACGAGGUGGGCCUCUUCGGCGUCUUCGACGGCCACUCGGGCGCCGGCGUCGCCGCAUACCUCCGGAACCACCUCUUCGACAACAUCCUCGGCGAGCCGGACUUCUGGGAGGACACCAUGGGCGCGAUCCGGCGCGCGUACCACCGCACGGACCGGAAGGUGCUCAGGAAGAAGAAGGCGACUACUGUCGAUGGCGAGGAGAGGCCGCGCCGCGGCGGGUCGACGGCGGUGACGGUAAUCCUGCUCAACGGCGAGACGCUGGUGGUGGCCAACGUGGGGGACUCCCGCGCCGUCGUGUGCGAGGCCGGCAAGGCCAGGCAGCUCUCCGUGGACCACGAGCCGCUCCGGGAGCGCGACGCCAUCGAGAGCAGGGGAGGCUUCGUCACCCAGAUGCACGGGGACGUGCCUCGGGUGGAUGCGUCGCUGGCGAUGUCGCGGGCGUUCGGGGACCGGAAGCUCAAGGAGCACAUCAGCUCCGACCCGGACGUGGCCAUCGAGGACGUCGGCGACGACACCGAGUUCGUCGUCCUCGCCAGCGACGGGCUCUGGAAGGUGAUGCCCAACCAGGAGGUGGUGGACGAGGUCAGGGACACGGUGGACGCCCGGAAGGCGGCGGUGAAGCUCGUCGACGAGGCUGUCCAGCGGGGAAGCAAGGACGACAUCGCCUGCGUCGUCGUGCGCAUCCACUCAAAUUAGUGUACUGAUGCUGAUCUAGUCUAGUGCAACGAUGCUGUCAUCGUACGUACUCUCGAGUCGAUUCAGGAUGUUAGGCACGUCAGUUGUAUCGACAGUUGUAAAAUUCUUGCUGAAUUUCAAAUUCCUCUUCAGACAAUACCAAACAAUGUUCCUACUAAUUUUCAUAAAACCCCGGUAGGAAGGGAACAGCGGCAAUACAUUGUGAUGAAUCCAAUGAUAACAAUUUUGUUAUUUUAGAUA